AUGCGUUGGUCUUUGUUAUUCACUUUAAUAGUGUCCCUAUUGCUAUUGGGGACAUUGGCAGCGCCGGCUUCGGGCCUAGGACGACGUGGUGUUGAAGUCGCCAAUCUUGAGGCCAGACAGGAGAAGGAAACCGAUCCUACAAUCAGCGAUGCUGAGACGGCAACUCAAACAGAUAUAUCAAAAGCAAUAACCGAUGCGUCAACAGCCGCCGAGGCUACAACGACAGGCACUACUGCCUUCACCACAGGCUCGACCACGGCCAGAACGCAUGCCACAACCGAUGCUACGACCACUACUUCUGCCGCUUCCGCUACUUCGACUGUGCCCUCGCUCGAUGGAACGACUGCAUCUUCUCAGCAAGAUGCGGUAGACUCUACUAGACCAACCUACUCCGGUGGUCUGCCAAUUAAACCGACAAUCACGCCGGCAUGGGGCGUUGGAGGAUUUAUACUAAUAGCUCUCGGAGCUGUGCUGACUUUCAUCGGUGUCCGCAAACAAUGGGUCCAAAUCUUCCUCUCAACCGGAUUCCUUAGCGCAUUGGGAGUUACCGUCCUCAUUAUUUAUGUAAUGAGUCCACCGGUAACAAACGCCGUGCAGGGGGGCUAUCUCGUCGCUGUCUUCUUCACUGGCGCAGUAUUCGGUGGUCUAUCACUUGUCUUCAGAGAAAUCUGCGAGGGACUAGGCUGUCUUCUAGGCGGGUUCUGUCUGAGCAUGUGGUUCCUUGCCCUGAAAGCUGGCGGUCUUCUGAGUGAAGGUGGUCCCAAGGCUGGCAUGAUUAUUGCCUUCACUGUGGGGUUCUAUUCCCUCUCGUUCAGCCACUAUACAAGGCCAUACGGGCUGAUCGGAUGCACGUCGUUCUCCGGUGCAACUGCCGUGGUCAUUGGGAUCGAUUGCUACAGCAGAGCUGGACUGAAAGAGUUCUGGUUAUAUAUCUGGGGAUUGAACCAAAACGUCUUCCCUCUCAGAACGGACACCUACCCAGUGACACGUGGUAUUCGUGUUGAGCUCGCCGCGACUAUAAUUAUUUCUGUUCUGGGGGUAAUCUCCCAGAUCAGACUUUGGAACCUCAUCAAGGAGCGCAGAGCCAAGGAAGAAGAUUCCCGUCGGGCACACACCCGAAAGAUCGAAGAAGAAGAUGCCGAAGCCGGUCGUCGCCUCGAGGAAAAGAAUAUCCAAGAGCGCGCUGAAUGGGAACUCAUUUAUGGAAACGGAAAGGCUGCGGAUGGUAAAGCCGUCUCGGUUUCGGAGACUGCUGUCGGUGACUCGCGACGGGGCUCGGAUGGGUUCGACUCCUCUGACAACGACAAGGAGGGGCAGAUCGAGCUCAAGGAGAUGCCGAGCCCGGAUGCUUCUGGUAGUGCCUCUGACGGCGAGAAGAACCGUGAGGGUGAGAAGGAUCGCGAACUUGAGGCUGUGCCAGAGGAGGAUUCAUCCCAGCAGGGUCAAUCACGCGAUGCAGAUGAGGGAAAGGGUGCCGAGAAGCAAAGUCCAUCUGAAGGAAAGACGCCAAGACCCACUACACCUGUUGUUACUCAUGUCCUUGGUGAGGGUAACGAUGAGUCCUCUGAGAACGGUGCUGACAUCGGCUCGGAGGUUGGUACGCCGCGCUCGAAACGGUUCUCUGGCAGGGAAAUGUUGAGCCGGCUCUCUUGGCGAAAUGGCAAUGGUGUGAUGACUGCUUCACAGUCUCAGGAGAAUCUGGUGGACCACGACGAUGCCAAUUCUUCUGUAUUGGGGGUUGUGGAUGAUCUCCAUGAGAUGAGCGUCGGCUGUCCAAGUGUUAUCUCAGAUGCGGAUGUUCACGAUCGCGUUGAGAAAACCCAGCCAACGCAGCAAGAAACUAGCACCGCCGAGCUAGCUCCAGAGAAGGACUCGACAAAUGUGGAGAUCAAGUCAAACGCCGGUUCACAAGCUGUCCCAGAUGCUGAACUCCGUGUCGAUACAGCCAUAGCCCAAAAGGACACUGACAAAGUGAUUACCAAAGAAACCACUGCCGACCGCACUGUCCCACAGGUGUCUCUUGUCGAGAACGCUGUUGUUUCCGACUGUUCUUUGAAGAAUGUUGGCAUUUCCGAGCUGUCGGAGAAGCCUCAAUUGCUGGAAACCACCGCAACAGAUAUUCAAGCCUACACUCCAGAUGCCUCAAAAAAGACCGAGGAAGUCAAGCCCAAAGUUACAUUGGAGCCGUCGCCUCUGAACGAUGCAGAAGAGGAAAGGGUGAAAGAGGCUAACGAAGACCAACCUCCUACUGCCAAAAUCAUCAAACCCGAGUCCACUCCUGAACUGAAGGUUGUAUCUUUGCCGGAGCCCAAGGUUGAGCCCAAGAUCAAAGUGCUCAAGACACUAGACGCAUCAACCGUCAAAUGCAUCCCCGAGCAAACAUCACGAGUGAUCCAUUCGUACCGCACGAACGAAUGGGCCAAACACCUCGCAGAUGCCGACACCCCUGAGAUGGAGCCGAUCGAGUUCGAACCUGAACCCGAGGCAGAAUACCCAGAGGAAGUUCACGAGACUGCCGCAUUUGUUGAUAUAGGCGGUCUUCUCCAGACACCUCUUACUGCACAACCACCACCAAUCGUGAACAGGCCUGAAUACAAUGAUAUGGACAAUCAACCACCUGUCUAUAUCUCAUCGCUGCCCUCGCCAGAUAUUCCGCAAUCCAAGACACGGACCGGCGCGCAAGGGCUCACCACAGCGAAGCCAACUUUGACCCGCAAUGACUCGACAGCUUCAGUUAACAUACUACGUUCAGCUUCUGGUCCACUUCCAACUCAGGAAUCAGGAUUGAGGUCGAUUCGCAACACAUCGACUCCCCUGCUGACGAUCACUACUCCCAACGAGCCCAAAGAAACGGAACCACCAUCACGCUGGAACGGACCACCUCCCCUCCUCGCAGUCCGCGAGAACAUGGUCCGAAACCGCAUGUCAUCAACAUCCAACCGCUUCGAUCCUUGGGCUGCACGCAACCUAUCUCGCCAGUCCUUACCUGAAAUGACGCACGUCGUCUCCCCAAUUUCACCACCGCUCUCCAUCCCCGAAGAAAGGGAGGUAGAACACCAAGUCCAACCAAACGAGGAUGACAUCCCACUUUCCAAGCGGCGCGCCCUACUACAGCGUCAGACAACGCAGUCCCCUGCAGCAAGCCCUGACAGCCUCGAGGCUGCCUCAUUUCCUCUGUAUCCCCAACCAGCUCCCGCCACUGAACUGAACCGGUCUGCUUCAAGAAUGGCAGCGUGGCGACAGUCGGUCCGCGAGGAAAUCACCCAAAAGCGAGAUCCUUUGGCCCUCCAGUCCCCGCCCAUCAGCCCGGCCAGCCCUCUGGACCGGCCGCGCAGUGCAUGGAACUCUGUUCAGCAGAUGCGCGAGGUCUCAUCUACUCAGAUAGGCGAUGCCAUCGCAGACGGCAUGCAGCGUGGCAACAUGACGGAUCUACACCGUCAAGCAAUGCGGCAGAAUUUUUUCCUUGGCCGAUCUCUCCAUCUCCGCUCCAAUUUCCCCCCUCUCCUUUCUGCCCUCAAAACGGCGUCCCUAAAACCCCACAGACCUCUGUCGAGGGAGGAAGAAUCAUUCUGUUAUCCACGCCAACAAGUCCUACGGCCUCCAACCAAUCGCGCACCCGUGGAGUCAACUCCGUCGUUCGUUCGCGCCCAGCGGCGACAGUGCGUCCCGAUCUCAGGUCCGCCGUCGCUCCUCCGCCCACCAGCAGUCCGGCUCGCCAACCCAGUCAACUACGUCCCACGAAUAACCCCAAUAACUGUCCACCCACACCAAUCCGACGAGAGCCUCCCACUCGGCUUUGGCCACUCACGCGACGCCCAUCCCCUCCUCAGCGUCCCAGAGCGACGCCGCAGCCGCCUAACCCCAUCCCCGAGCAGCCUACUUGUCGAGCGCAGCCAGGGGGAAACAGAAAGUGGCCGGACUAGCAUUGCCCUGCCCCCACGACAUCGUCGCAGCGAAGACUUCGCCAGCACAGAAAUGGCGUUCGCGGGCAGCGCAGCGCGGGAAACCGAGAACCUUCGCCCUCCCGAAGCUGUCCAUCUCACGCAGAACGGAACUCGUCAGAACGACCGUGCCCGCUACGCUCAGUCACAGACCUCCCUCCGCUCUCAGUCCCAGAUCGCUUCGGUCCCCUCGAAUACUGGUCUCCCACCUGCUGAUGUCGCCGAGGAGCUUGCUUGGGGCCCGGCUCACCCCUGUUUCCCGCAUAUCAAUCCCCAUGUGCCUAUUGGGUCGCGGGAACAUAUGACAACGCGUGUGAUUCGUAUCCGGCGCGAUUGGAUGAUAAAGGGUGAUUUGGCGCCGACGUUUUCCAAUCUGUAUCCUGAGAUUCUUGAUCCGUUGUUGUCGGAGCAUGAGUUUCGCAGAGUGAUUUCUACCGUCAAUGAUGGUAUUAUCAAGGCGUUUGAUCCGUUUAGUCUUCGGAAUUGGUUCGACGGCGUGGUGGGCUUGUUGACUGGCUGGGUAUGGGAUGAUCUCAAUGCCCCGGGGACAAAAAGCCAGCUGCAGAAUGUCGAGGCUUGGUUGGAGAAUUGGAACCGCGAGGUCGGCGCCAAGGAUGGUGUUCAUAUUUGGAGCUUGAGGCGGACGGCGUAUAUGUCACUUGAUAUCCAGAUCCCCGAUCCCAAGGUCGGCAUUGUACCCAGUGAGGCACCUUCGGCCCCUAAUACCAGGCCGAGUACUGGUAUUGGGGCUGGAGCUUGA